AUGCCAGGCUCCUCCCUCUGGCUCCUCCCCCCGCCCUCGCACCCGCUCCACCCAGUCCUGACCACGCUCGUUCGCGAAACGCUCCCGACCCAAUUCCCGCGCGAAGCCGCCUCCUCGCCCGCCGUAACACCCCAUUUCUUCGCCGCCCACGUCACACUGACCUCCGAGAUCCCCGCCUCGCGCUACGGGGAUGAUCCGCAGGGCUGGCUGGACAGCAUUCCCUUCUUCUUCCCUGCAGCAGCAGCAGCACCGUCCGCCGAGGGGAAGGAGGGCGGACGAGGAGGAGGAGGAGGAGGAGGAGGAGGAGGAGGAGUGAAAGUGCGGUUUGAGAAGGUCGUCACUCAGGAUGUUUUCUUCAGGAGGUGCUUUAUCAGGGUCGGGUAUGGAGGCGUUAAGGAGCUGGCUGGGGUUGCGAGGGCGGUGGGCGUUAUCGGGGAGGAGGUUGGUGGGGACGGAAAAGACGGCAAGUUUGGGAAGGAGACUGAGAAGUGGUUGACUAAGUGGAGGGAAGAGUAUGGGCCGCAUCUCAGUCUGAUGUAUGGUGAUGUGCCGAUCACGGACGAGGCACUGAAGAAGGUGACGAGGGCGGUGCAAGAGGCCGGGAUCCAGUUAGCGGAGGAAAAGCCGGAGGGCAGCGGAUGGGACGGCUGGGACGGCGGCGUGGUUUGGCUUGUGCCAACGGAUAAGUCCAUCGCUGAAUGGAAGCCGAUUGCCACCAGAGAGCUUUAGACAGCGUUGACGAGAAAUAUCAUAACCCCUAUUAAGG